AUCGUCCACGAACCUCAGUCAGCAUAGAGCAAUCUUGCCGGGACUUCUACAAAAAAAAAAGAAAAAAAAGUCAAAGAAACCACUGUAGAAGGAAAAACAACUCUCAUGGAUAAAUUUCUCAAGCUGAUCGCUCUCAUCAGUUGCUUUUUGCAUACAGAUAGCACAAGCAGGGGAGGUAUUUCUUUUAAUUCCUUAAAUAAUUUACUUUUCAACUUUUUUGUCUACUUUGCAUUUAGCUCCGGAAACAGCUUGUGACGAUAUGAUUCCACAGCAUGUCGUACCACCUCAGACAAGCCCGUUUCCAAUGGAAUUAACACUCUCUUCGUAUAUAUACAAUGAAGGAACAACUAUAGACAUUACCUUAAAACACAAGAAUAAUACACCAAUUGCUGGAGUUUUUGCACAAAUGAGAAGAGCCAAUAGCCCAAAUACAACACUUUAUGGAUCAUUUGAAGGAGACAAUGACAAUUUCAGGACAGCUUGCAAUGAAAGUCGGGCGAUUACUCAUAGCAAGAGGCUAAUCAGUUUAAACGAAAUUAAAUUUACAUGGAAACCCCCUCAAGAUAAUGCUGAUUCUGGUCCUUUGCAACUUUGGAUUUCAAUUGUUCAAGACUUUACAACAUUCUGGGUUCAACAGAAAUCAAACGUGAUAAACUAUAGUAAUGCUUUACCACCAACGCAAGAGAUAAGUCUAGCUGACUGUAGCACGACAAAAGACUGUUUUAAAGUACCCGAAAAUUGUGGUAAAGAAGCAGAUUGUGAUUACUUGUUAACUUGGAGACCUGACAAUCAGAGAGGACUUAUUAAUUUUGAGAUAAGUGCAAAAAUACCUACAGAUCAGUUUUGGACAGCAGUAGGAUUUUCCAAAGAUCUCGAUAUGGGAGAAGAUUCCGUUAUUGAUUGUUUGGUUAAUGCCUCUACAAGUCUAGUUGAAGUUCAGGCGUCCUGGAACGAAGGGAGAACUAAUGAAGUCCUUAAUAAUAAGCUUUUAGGAUUAAUCCCAGAUUCGAUAUCAGGGGCUAGGGUCAACGAUCGACUUCGAUGCCGUUUUCAGAGACAAAUCACGAUUGCCAGAUCAGACACCAAUAAGAUAUACGAUUUGAAUACUGAAUAUUACGUCUUCCUUGGAAAAGGCAUAGUUUUGCAAGAUAGUACUAAAAUGCAACAUUCACAAAUUCCUGAAAAGUCAGCUUCAAAGCUAUUAAUGACAACUAUAAGAAAUGGAACAACAAGACCAACCUCUGACCCAAGCCAAGGAAUCGAUACUCGUCGCUGUGGGUCAGAAAAAGGUUGCUACCGUUAUCCCGAAGGGUGUGAGGAGAGUGUUUGUCACUAUUUGCUAACAUGGAAACCUAGUGAUAACAAGGAAAAGAUCGAAUUUGAGAUAAGCGCUGACGAUAGCGAUUCUAAAACAGAUUGGACAAGUGUUGCCUUUUCAGAAGAUACUAUUAUGGGAGAUGACAGUGUCAUUGAUUGCCUCUAUAAUUCGGAUGAUGUUUCUAUAAACAUUCAAGCAUCGUGGAAUCGUAGAGUUAAAGAUAAUGAAGUUUUAAAUAACAAGCUUCUAGGAUUGGACCAAGAUACUUUUUUUGGAUCAAGAGUUAAUGGUCGCUUAAGGUGUAGAUUCACAAGAUCUGUUAAAGUAGCUAAUGAUGAUCCUGAAGCAAGCAGGGUUUUCGACCUUUCAGAGCAGUAUUACGUAUUUAUAGGAAAGGGUUCCGCCGUUCGAGGCAUAAAGAUGAAACACACUUCAAUUCCAGUAAUAUCUCCAAGGAAAGUUCCUCUAACUGAAAUUGGCGAUGUCUCUGGAUUAGCUAAAUUUCCUUUGGUCAAAGCCCAUGGCAUUUUGAUGAUUGUUGCUUGGUCAUUUUUCGCUAAUAUAGGAUUGCUCUUGCCAAGAUAUUUUAAAUUAUGCUGGAAUAAAUAUCAAUUGUUCAACGAAAAGAUCUGGUUUCAAAUUCAUAGAAUGUGUAUGAUAACUGUAGUUUUGUGCACUAUAACUGCAUUUAUUGUUAUUUUCGUAGAAGUUAAAGGUUUUAGUCAAGGUUCUAAACCUAUUAUUCAUGCCAUAAUAGGAAUCAUUGUAACAGUUCUAUGUGUUUUAAAUCCUAUAAUGGCCGUAUUUCGUCCACCUCCUAAACAUCCAAAACGGCCAAUAUUUAAUUGGCUACACUUUUUAGCCGGACAAAUUGCUCAUAUUCUUACAGUACCAAUGAUAUACUUAGCAUUCCCAUUCGGAAAAGUCUAUGCUCCUUCAUGGCUAAAAUGGGUCUAUACAGCAAUAAUAAUUCAACACAUUUUCGUUGAAGUUCUUUUAUUUCUAUACAAAUACGUGAAAAUUUCCCCAAAUUCAGUAAAUCCAUUGAAUGGUAAAGAUUCUGACAAUCAAGUAGUUGCCGAAGAGGAAACUAAACCUGACAACGUUCCCACUGCAAUCAUCAUGACCUAUUUUUUUAUUUUACUUGCCCUAGUAACAACGAUUGUUAUCACCUUAGGAAGAGCAUAG